CGAAAGAACAGUGGGAAGCUUCGAAGAAAGUGAUUGGAUAUUACUGUAAGCGAGUCCGCUUCGCCUUACAAAUGGCCGUAGAAGUUUCAAAGCUCAUUAGUUUUCUCCGGUAGAUUCAUGGCGAUGUUUCAAAGAACCGCCGGUGAUGGGGCUGAACCGCUUCUGGUUGGUACAGCAUCCAAACUGGUUCGCUUCCGGCAACUAGUUUUAAGCAUACGCUUUGUACUCAGCCUGAAGCGAACCAGUUCGCCACCGCCGCCUUCGCCGUCGCCGCCGCCUCAAUACACGGUUAUUGACGUACAUUUUGAAGACGAAAGGGAUAUCCAGAAGCAGCGUCUUAAGAAGAUCGUGAAAGAGAAGAAUUUAAAAGCGCUAAAAGACUUCGGCGGUGUAGAGGAGGCUGUCUCGUUUCUGCGUUCGGAAUCGCUGCUACAGAUCGAUGCACAAACACUUCGUGGGUAUGGAUUCUGUGGCUCAUUUCUCCUGUUUGUAAAAGAAUUUUGCUGUGAUUUAUGGAACUCCUUAAAUAGCUGGACAAUCUUGUUCUUAGUAAUUGCUGCUGGUUUGUCUUUUGCCAUUGAAUCAUUAGAACAAGGACUUAAACAUGGAUGGCAUGAUGGUUUUGGUAUACUCCUUGCAGUGUUCUUACUUGUAUUUUUCCCUCCAAUCUUAAGCGUUUACCGCAAAAGAGCUGACGAGAAAGAGCUUUUAAAGAAUAAGAACAUCUUGCAAGUGACUGUUGAAAGAGUUGAACUAUGCCAAAGGGUCUCUGUUUCUGAUGUUAGGGAGGGAGAUAUAAUCCAUUUGAAGAAGGGCGAUCGUGUUCCUGCAGAUGGGUUGCUUAUAAGUGGCAAAAAUCUGCUUCUGGAUGAAGUAAUCAACCCCCACAUCGAUCCUAAUCGAAACCCUUUUCUAUUUUGUGGCUCUGUGGUUGAACAUGGUGAAGGGAAGAUGAUUGCGGUGUCUGUUGGCCAUGACACAGCCUCUGGGAAAGUGUUGCAUGAGCUGGUUACUCAUCCUACACAGGAGACGCUGUUCCAAUCUAGGAUGAACAAGCCAUAUCAAUUCUUGGAGAAGUUUAGUCUUACAGUGUCUUUAACGAUUCUUGUUGUAGUUCUAGUCCGUUUGUUAUGUAAAAAACAUGAUGAUUACUACAAUGAUAGGCCUGAAACCAAGGGGAAAUUAACGGCAGGCAUUGUGGUUCAAGCCUUUGAAAGGAUGUUCUUGAAGUUUGGGUCGAGAGCUUCCUUCUUGGCUACUGUUCUGUUAACCAUGGUGAUAGGAUUACAGCAUGGGAUGCCAUUUGCAAUCACUCUGUCCCUCUCUUUCUGGAGAGAAAAGAUGAGAUCCCUCAAAGGAAACUGUCUGAAUCUAUCAGCUUGUGGAACUUUGGGCCUUGUUUCUGCUAUCUGUAUUGAUAUCACUGCUGAGUUAUCAUUUCACGAGGUGGAGCUCUGUGAGUUCUUUGUUGCAGAACAAAAGAUCAACUCUGAUAUGGAGUUUCAUACUGAUAUUUCUCAAAGCCUUGAGCUAGCAGCUCAAAUUUUAUAUUCUGAUCCCAAGGUUUCUGUUCAUUUAGGGAAUGAUCUGGUCCAUUUCUUGAAAAACAAAUUGGGAGCUCCUGAUCAGAAGUUUGACAUUAUUGAUCAUAAGUUCUUGAGCUCAGAAAAGGGCAUUGGAGCAUUGGUGAGCAAACGUAGUGAAAUGGAUACAGAAGCGAACCUUUUUCAUGUGCAUUAUUAUGGGGAUGCAUCAAGUAUUGUGAGUAUGUGCUCACAAUACUAUGAUAUCAGAGGCAUAGUUCACGACAUAGAAAACGAAAAAGACGUAUUCGAAAACGUGAUUCGAGAGAUGAAACAAAGAGGUUUAAGACCCAUUGCAUUUGCUUGUAAACAACGAAGGAAUGAUGAUCAGUUGUUUGAAGGAGAAUCAAAGCUGCUUGGAUUUAUAGGUCUAAAAUUCUCACAUGAAAAAACACUAAAUGCCUUAAGGGAUCUCCAAAACAUUGGUGCAAGAAUCAUACUAAUAUCAGAAGAUGAGCUUUUUGAGGCCAUAAACAUGGUUAAUGGUCUUGGAACUCAGUGUGACCUCAAGAACAACGUGGUUGAAGGUGAAAGAUUUAAGGAAAUAAUGAUGACUGAUGGAACUGAGAGACAUGAGCUGAUGAAGAACAUCAGUUUUAUGGGAAAGGCAACCUCAGAAGACAAGCAUCUGUUAAUAAAAGAACUGAAAGCUGAGGGGAACAUUGUUGCUUUCUCGCCUGAUUUGACAUCAAGGGAUGUUCCAACUUUGAUGGAAGCUGAUAUUCGGAUUCUCCAAGAACAUAGGAGCAGUAAAGAAUCUAGAAUGGUUGGUGAUAUCAUGUGUGAAGAUGUGACAUCCUUGAACCAGACACUAAAAUCUAGCAGGUGCAUUUAUCUCAACAUUCAAAAGUUCUAUCAAAUUCAGCUCAUUGCUUCAGUGUCUGGGCUUGUGAUAACCUUGGUCUGCACCAUGGUCUCUGGGAAGUCUCCCAUAGCCACAUUACAGCUUAUAUGGGUGACUUUGAUUAUGUGCCUUCUUGGAGGCUUGAUGAUGGUAAUGGAGCUGAAUGAUGAGGAAGUGCAAGCCCCUCUUCAAGGGAGGGAUAGGAAUCAAUCUCUCAUAACUAAACUCAUUCUGUACAAGAUUGUAAUCCAUGUCCUAUGUCAAGUGUUUGUUUUCUUGCUAUUUGAGUACUUGGGACGGGAGAUUAUGCCCCACAUGGAGGAGAAUGUGAGGCAUACCAUGAUAUUCAAUACCUUUGUGCUCUGCCAGAUUGCUAAUUUGCUUGCUGCUAUGGGACUGGUGACGAAUAGCGGAGCUUUUUUUAAGGCUGUGUUGCAGAGCCCGUGGUUUAUUUUUUUUUUGGCGAGUGUGUUGGCUGUGCAGAUGGUGGUGAUUGAGUUUGCUAGUGGUGUUGUCAAUGGUGUCAAGCUAAGCGCAGUGCAGUGGUCGUGCUGUUUCUUUUUUGCAUGGCUUCUAUUGAUAGUGCAGUAGGGGCUUGAUAAAGUUAAGUUACAUGAAGUGACGGGUUGUGGUUGUUUCAUUUAUGCAACAGGGGCUAGUUUAAGUGGGGCGACUUCAUUUAUUCUUAGAUGGUUACAUAUUUACGAUGGAGGAUUAAAAUCUAAAUUCAUGAUGUUUCUAUUUUAAGUUUAAA